AAAACCGUGCGUCACUACCUGGCUUUUAGUUCCUUCUGGGCACGUUCGCUUUGGAGUUCCUGUUGUCGAGAGGACCAAACCUUUUUCUCUCUGGAUUCUCGCUUUCCUUCGUCUUGUCGAUUGUAAAGUUCAUAGGAACGACGCUGCGAGUGGUCUGCGUCCUGUGCGUCUGUCUGGGAAUGAUGGAUUCUCGGGUUUUACUCGCAGCUCUCCUGCUUGUUUUCGGCUUGGCGUCAGUUCUUGCUCAGUCCUCACCUGAUGACGUGUGCGAGAAGAAAAAUGCUACAAACUGUGAGGAAUGUCUGAAAAAUGUCUCGUGCUUGUGGUGCAUUAAAACCAAGUCAUGUGUAACUUAUCCAGCGAAGACCAUCCUUCCACCCCAUGCUCUUUGCCCACUGAAUGAUGCACGCUGGGGGCUCUGCAUGAUGAAUUUUCAGACCCUGAUCAUCACGCUGGCAGUGCUUGGUGGCGUAAUCAUCAUUGCUCUCCUGGUGUGCAUGUUCUGUUGCUGCAAGUGUGAGAGCUUUGGAUCCACAAGAUUUGAAAACAAAAUGCAGAGAAGAGGCGAUAAGGCAAAGACCAAGCAGGAGCAAAGGACUGCAGAGAUGAAACAGAGACAUCAGGAAAUCCGACAGAAAUAUGGCCUCAAUGGACCAAAUCCCUACUCAAGAUUUGCAUGAGAUCCAAGGAAGGAGAUUUGAAGCCAAGGACACAGCUGUCAACCCACAACCUGGUUCUAUAAACAAAUGAGACCCACUAAAGUCAUCAAUAGUUGCAAAACUCUCAACAAAAAUAUUUUACUGUAUCAUUCUGCUCUUUUUUAAGAGUGCUGUGGAGCAAUGACCAAUGAUGAUGUGUCCAUUGAUGCUUGCAGCUGUAGUGUUUUUCAAAACGUAUUUAUUAAUUAAUUACUUUUUUCAGAUCACUCUCCUAGCUUGAUGCUAAUUUUAACUAUUAACUUUCCACUUAAAACUGUUGUACCUGUUCCAAGUUUUUGAAAGCAGGGUUUUAUGUUUUUAGUGCAUUUUCCGUAACUAGAAUGUUUACUUUUUUAUUGAUGGUUUCAGAAAAUGUAUUAAAAUUUAGGAAUUUUGAAAGAAACCUUAAUCCCAUACAGAUAUGUGAUGUUAUUAUAACUUUAUUAUUAAUACCCUAAUUUGAAUGUUAUGUUUUCCAUAAAGACUCAAUAAAGUAUUGAGACUGAUUAAACCUGG